CAUCGCUCAUUUGAAUUAUCAAUUUAUUACCGGUUUCUCGUAAGAAAGAGAAUUAUUAUAUAUUAUUAUUAUUAUUUUAAUUAAAUAAUAUUAUUAUUAAUAUUAUGAAGGAAGAGUUUGUUGUGCAAGAAGAGUACGUUUCAGGAGAAGAGAGGAAUCUGACGGUGCUGAAAACUUCACGGUUCUUCGCUGGCGAUGGCUUCACCGUCUACGAUUGCAAGGGCCAACUCGUUUUCCGAGUUGACUCUUACGGUCCUGAUGCACGUGACAAGGAUGAGCUCGUCCUCAUGGAUCCACAAGGUCGAUGUCUUCUCACCGUUAAACGAAAGAGACCGAGUCUUCAUCAACGAUGGGAAGGUUUCAAAGGAGAAAGAAUCGACGGCGAUAAAGCAUUGUUAAGUAUGAAGAGAACAUCUUUAAUCGGACGGUCACGAGCGAGUGUUAUAGUGGAGGUAUACGAUAAGCCCGGUGUGGAGUAUCACAUCGAAGGGUGCUUUUCGCAGCGUUGUUGCAAGAUCUAUAACGCAGCGAAGAAAUUAAUGGCUGAGAUUCGUCGAAAGGUGGACUCCACCACAAGUGUUAUGCUUGGGAAAGAAGUCUUCUCGCUUUACGUGAAGCCUGGAUUUGAUGGUGCACUUGCCAUGGGAUUGGUCUUGGUCCUUGAUCAGAUCAACGGUGAGAAUUACUUUGAAAGUGGAACCACGGAGUCUCCGGUGCACCCUACUACAGAAGAUUAAGAUUUUGCAUUUUCUCUCCUUUUCUUUAAAAAAAGAAAUAUUUGUGUUUGAUGUAAUUGACUAAUCUUUUUUUGAGGUGUACCUUUUAUUGAGUUCCACCUUUGCCAUCUUGUAAAUUUAAAUUUCAUGUGAAAAGGAAAUAAAGAUGAAAUAUACUUGUAUCAA